CAUCAACAAUCUCAUUUACGCACACCAUUCAACCAUUCGACCAUUCAAUUUUAAUGGGUCUGUAUAUUCAACCCAAAUUGUGACCCAGUAAUUCAAGUUGGUAUAAAAGGAGGAAGAACUACCACAAAAUGCAAUCCCUUUGUCUUCUGUUUUAUGCACAGUAGGCUAAAAUGCUCAGUGUUAAAUCAACUCUUUGCACUCCAUUCAUAUGUAUUCUGUUAAGAGUUGAAUUAACAUUACAUUUUAUUAUUAACUGUUAUUGUGAUUCCAUAAUAGCACAGUUAUUCUCUGUUAUGCAACUCGUUAGUUUUUAAUGUCAAGACACUUCAGUACCCUGGACAGCACAAAAAAAAUAAAAUAAAAUAAAAUAAAAUAACGACUUAUUUUAAUUUACCAAUGCACCUGGGCAGAAGAAAUGUAAUGUUGUACACAUUCAUUCACACUUUACUGUUACAAGAUUUUUUUAAAAUGAUUUAUGAUGACAUUUUAAAAAUAAGCCUUUCCACGGUGGUCUUUCAUCAUUUUGUAGAUUGUCAUUUUGACUGAUCUUUUAGAAUAUUACACUUACUAUUACGUGGCAUUCUAAUAAAGGGUUGCCAUUUUUAUUUCAUACAAAAGAGUAGGGAUGUGACGCAUUGCACCUGACAAUCCGACGUAAAUAUACGCAACUCAUUUACAUGCUGAGUUUAGAGAAGCCAAUAAAAAGCCCUCUGCUAGUCUGUUGGCGCACCUCGUCAUUUGGAAGGAAGUUUGAUGCCAGAUAGCCUAAAUGUUCUAAAAAUCGAACAAUUAUUUUGCUUCUCAUCUUAAGAAUUUGGAGCGUCUGCAAACGAGUGAUUGAUGUACCAAGUAUCUCGUGUUUAUCCGUCAAACAUUCAUAAUUUAUCCUAGAUCAGUCCGUUUGUAGCCUAAAGAAUAUUAUCAACUGUUAAAUCAUCAACAAACAAAGGGAGCUCGAUGAAGACUGAGGGUGUAGUUCAGUUCACCGGCAGAAAGCGCAGCCUUAUUGAAGAUGCCAGGAAAGAGCGCGAGAGUGGUGGGUUGCCCUCACCCGGCACCUCGCGCUGUGCAGACCACUUCGUUUUUGAGGAGAAGGAUGGAAAAGUUGCCCUUAAUAUAGUGUUCACUCUCAGCAGCGAAAAGAAAUCAGGGCUAUCCAAGACGGGCAAAGUUUUAGAGACUUUUGAAGCCAAGAUCCAUCAUAUUGAAACCAGACCAGGAAGGAGGACGAAGAACAGCGUGGUGGCGGAUCUGGAAUACUUUGUAAGGUGUGAGAUUCACAGCUCCGACACGGACGUCUUAAUCAACUCCCUCAAAAGGGUUGCAGACGAUGUCCGUGCGAUCGCAGAGGAGAAAGUUCCUUGGUUCCCAAGGAAGAUCGGGGAUCUGGACAAGUGCAAUCAUUUAAUAACAAAAUAUGACCCGGAUUUAGACGAAGACCACCCAGGCUACAGGGAUCCGGAGUACAGGAGGAGAAGAGCUUUCAUCGCUGAACUCGCCUUUAGCUACAAACAAGGAGAUCCUUUGCCCAAAGUGGACUAUACACCGGAGGAGGUUGCAACCUGGAGACAAGUAUACCAGACUCUGAGGGGCAUAUACCCAACGCAUGCCUGCAGACAGUACUUGGAGACUCUGCAGCAGUUGGAGAAGGACUGUGGAUAUGGAGAAGACAACAUUCCUCAACUGAGAAAUGUCUCCACCUUCCUAAAAGAAAGGACAGGUUUUCAGCUGCGCCCAGUCGCUGGAUUGCUGUCUGCAAGAGACUUCCUGGCCAGCUUGGCAUUCCGAGUGUUUCAGUGCACUCAGUACAUCCGCCACUCCUCCACCCCAAUGCACUCUCCAGAGCCUGAUUGCUGUCAUGAACUACUUGGCCACAUCCCCAUGCUGGCAAACAAGGAGUUUGCUCAAUUUUCACAGGAACUUGGUCUUGCUUCAUUGGGAGCAUCAGACGAGGACAUUGAAAGGCUGUCUACGCUCUAUUGGUUCACAGUGGAGUUUGGUCUCUGUAAACAGGACGGGGCCAUUAAGGCAUACGGCGCUGGGCUGCUGUCAUCGUAUGGAGAGCUCAUGUAUGCUCUUUCCAAUGAGCCAGAGUACAAACCCUUCAAUGCUGAGGAGGCUGCAGUCCAGCCAUAUCAAGACCAGACCUACCAGCCUGUAUACUUCGUGUCAGAGAGCUUUGAAGAUGCAAAGGCCAAGCUGAGGCGGUACUCGCUGACAAUCCAGAAGGCCUUCUCUGUCCGGUACGACCCAUUUACAUGCAGCAUGGAGGUCCUGGACCAGCCGGGAAAGAUCCAGAACGCUCUUAGUCAGAUGAGGGAGGACCUGAAGAUACUGCAUAGCGCUUUAGAGAAACUGGUCUGAAUCAGAACCGAACAGGACCCCAAAUGUACAAACCUCCAAUAUCAUUUUAAAUAAGCUCAAACCGAUGACAGGUGAAAGGCUGAAUUUGCAAGACGCCUUGAAGAUGCUUUAAAAUCUUGAAUCUACUGUAGUCUUUUAGCAUAGGGAAUGUCUGAUCAGAUAAUAUGUUCCUGCAUCUUAGUUCCAAGAUAGUAAAAGACUUUAUUUCAGUUCUUUAAAAAGAAUUGCAAUACACUGUACAUACUAAAUGCGCAUAAGCUUGUACUGUGUAUAAACUGUAAGCUGCAAAUUAAUUUCUCAUUCCAUAUAAAUACAAUUAAGAAAA